GUCUCCACAGUCCUUGAGAAAGAAACACACACAUAAAACCAAAACAAACACACACAUAUAGUAUUACUUUAGUUUCGUGUGUCUCUCUCUCCUCCUCUGAUUGAUUUCUAGAGGUAGAGAAGGAAAUUGGUCUAACUGCAUUCCCUUCUUCAUUCACACAUUAAUUAAUUAUGGCAGCGUUGAGGGGUGCUGUUGUGACUGCUUUAGCAGUGAUGCUGAUGAUCUCUGCUGCUGUUACUGCUGUUGAUGCUCAAUCCUUCCCACCUGCCCCUGCCCCUGCCCCCGCCCCUUCUAGCGAUGGAACUUCAAUUGACCAGGGCAUUGCUUAUGCAUUGAUGAUUGGCGCGUUACUUCUAACUUACCUCAUCCAUCCGUUGGAUGCCUUUCCAUUUGGCCUCUUUUGAAAAAAGUUCGGUACUUACUUAUGUAGUAGAUUAAUAGGUGGCUAUGAUAUUAGUUAGCAUUGUUGUCAUGGUGACAUGGUUGUAUUAUGGAUGAUUAUUGUGCUCCCUGAGAAGCAUUAAUAGACCUACUUUGUUAUCUAAUUUUCAUUUGUAUCAAGUUAGGCACUCAGUUGCCUUUGUCCUUGAACGUUUAUGCGGAUGUUUCUUAAUCGGUUGAUCAUGCCUGUACCAGUCCAAGGAACAGAUCAAGUUUGUGUUUGGAUGUUUUUAGUUAAUUCUUAAUAAAUGGAUCUGUAAUAUUUGGUGAA